AUGCAAGUUCGCAUGCUGCUGCCAGAGGAAUCUUGUGCCGGCAUGAAGGGUCAACCGGUUUGGACGACGUCACCUCCCGGGGAGCCUCUGGUGCGAGCCCCUGUUGGGAAGCCAAGAUGUCCUCCGGCUAUAUCCAGGCUGCGCGUGGAGAAAGUAGAGGGCGGUCUUGCGGUGGCGGGUGUGGUCGUUGCUGCCAACUGCCAGAUUGCUUUACCGAUAUUCGGAUUUCUGUUCAUGCUAGUCGGAUGUGUGCUUACAGCGGCUUCGUACCGCGGCUGCGGUGAGAACGAAGAGCCCGACCAUUACGCGGCGCGGAUCGCCUUCACCGGUAACUCGAGGGUACUCGGUCCGGUCUGCAUCGUUACUGGCGCACUUAUGACGAUCGCUGGUAUAGUGCUAUGCAUUUUGAUGCGCGCGGCUCAACGUCGACAACGCCGACUCGCCUUCCACUGUCCCAUUCACGGAGACUUCUAUCCUCUUAGUCCUCAGAAUAGUAGAAAGUAUUCACGUAGUCCUAGCGGGCUGUGGCGGCGGCUGCGCGCAUGGCUGGGCAUGGAGGAGGAGGGCGAGGCGGCACGCUGCCCGCGCUCCGCGGAGCCCGCCUCGCCGGCACGCGCUGACGCGCCUUGCCCGCCCCCCUUGCCCUUCCUCGUGCCGUCCGACUCCGUCGUAGGGAUGGCAUCAGUGUUGGGAGCUCCGCUUAGUCCUGAACAAACCUUCGGCUCUAUCAAGUCCUUGGCGAUAUCAAGGGACGUCGCUAGUUUUCCAUUGUCGCGCUCUCCCACUCCGCCGCCUCUGAGCUGCCCUCCAUUCAAAGACGAAUCGAAGAAUCUGAGUGACAGCAUACCGAACGCGAUCACACCUCAGCCCGAAUUCGACCGUGGUGCUCCCACCUGCAACUACCACGUUGUCGAGUGCAAAAUAACAACUACCGACGAAAUACGCCGAAGUGCUCCAGCAGGCGCCAGUGUCCACAUCACAGAUAGGCAAAGACCUAAAACAGUGUCAGUCAAUAUACCCAAUGAGGGCAAAGGUUAA